AUUUGUCUUUCAAAUUGUUUGUAUGUUUCGGAUUUAAUAAGAAACAUUAUUUCUAUUCCAACAUUGGAUAGAGAAGGUUUUAAGUUCGUAAUUGAGAAUGGAAGAUGUUCCAUUUUCAAAGAUACAACUUUUAUUUAUUUCGAAAAUCUGACAAAUGGGUUAUAUACCAUUACACCACAAAGCCCCAUCCUAACCAUUCAACAAAAUAAAAGAAAAUUUGAUAAUCAUAGUUCAUUCACAAUUUGGCAUGCUAGAUUAGGUCAUAUAUCUGAAAAGAGGAUUCACAAAUUGGUACCAAAACUCGACCAUAGGGGAGAGGAAAGGUUGCCUACUUGUGAGUCAUGUCUUAAAGGUAAAAUGACUAAAUCACCAUUUGUUGGACAAGUGGAGCGAGCUAAAGGUCUAUUGGAUUUGAUCCAUACAGAUGUAUGUGGACCACAAAAUGUUAGUGCCAAGGGGAACUACCACUAUUUCAUAACCUUUACUGAUGAUUAUUCAAGGUAUGGUUAUGUAUACCUAUUAAGGUACAAAUUUGAAGUAUUUGAAAAGUUCAAAGAAUUCAGAAAUGAAGUGGAGAAACAAAUUGGUCAUAGUAUUAAAGUUCUUCGAUCGGAUGGAGGAAGUGAAUACUUGACUAAUGAGUUUCUUGAUUAUUUACGAGAUAAUGGGAUUAUUUCACAGUGGACACCUCCUGGAACUCCACAACUUAAUGGAGUUUCAGAAAGGAGGAAUCGAACUUUGUUGGACAUGGUUCGAUCGAUGAUGAGUUCCACUACUCUACCUCUUUUAUUCUGGGGUUAUGCCUUAGAAACAGCUGCACAUAUUUUGAAUAGAGUGCCAAGUAAAGUUGUACCCAGCACACAUUAUGAGAUAUGGUGUGGCAAAACACCCUCGUACAAGUAUAUGAAAGUAUGGGGUUGUACUGCUUAUGUGAAGCAGUUAGUGGGAUGUAAGUUGGAUAUGAGAUCCGUCUUAUGUGUCACGGCGGAAGCGAUGCGUUGCCGCGGCGCGAGGCGCUGGCACGGCGUGAAGGGUGGUCGCGGCACGGCGUGGGCGGUCUUCGAGGCGCGAAAGAAAGGUCCGGCACGGCGUGAGGAGGCGUCGCAGCGGGGCAGAAAUGAAGUGGAGAAGAGUCUCGCGGCGGGAACCUUCAAUCACGGC